AUGGAAGAGCAGGGACCCAGGGAGAGGGAGAGACUGGAGUGCAAAGGAAAGAAACCUCCUACCGGCCAAGUUGGGACCAUCAGGGAUCUUCUGCCUCGGGCAGAUUUAUGUCAAAUUAAGCAGGAGGCAGAGGAGGGGCAGCCGCAGCAGCACUGGGAUGCCCAGAAGCAGGAUUUCCUGAAGACGAUGCAGCCCCCUCGUUCAGGGUGGGAAACCCCACAGGCUCCCAGUCCUCCCCACUCCGGGGAUGGUGUCCUCUCCUUCAGGGGAGCUGCGGAUGCCAGUCGGUGGCCCAGUGGGAGAGCAGGGGGGACAGACCAGACUCUGCUCCCAGACACUGAGGGGCUUCUGGGAAAGGUAAGUGCCCUCCUCUCACCUGGGUUUCCAGCACCUGGAGGUCACAGGUCCACUGCCUCUCGACAUGGAGGUUCUGUUUAGCUUUGGUGGUGAAUAUUCCUCCCCCCUGCACUUUCUCUCUAAUCCACUUUAAAAAGGCUUGCUAGACCAAACUUUCUAAAUGGGUAGCUGUACAAAUUUACCAGCUGUGGUCCUGCACUGGCAGCAAGGCUAACAAACAGGGGAGCUGGGAACGUGCUGGUCCCAUAUCUCCCUGCAUCUGCCUCCUGACCUAAUUGUCCCAGCUUACCUCAUGAUUGGGCCGUCCCUGAGGGUGAACUGUGAUGAAACCAGGCACUCUCUUAUGAGGCAUAACUAACAAACUUUCCAUUUUGCCCAAACCAAGAAACUACGGCUGCCAGCUUUGGAAUAAGCUGGGAUAUUAAGCUAACUUCAAACUGUGCUUGGUCAAAACAGGAAACUCUGGCUGAUCAGUGGCUUCAUGGUUUGACUGUUCCCACUGUAAAAAUAGUAAAAAUAGGAAGCCCUGUUGCGUUCAAAGGGGCUGUUUGGACAGAGUCUCUGAUCAGCAUGCCUAGCAGGACAGGCUUAAAAAGGUAAAGGGACCCCUGACCAUUAGGUCCAGUCAUCACCGACUCUGGGGUUGAGGCGCUGAUCUUGCUUUAUUGGCCAAGGGAGCCGGCGUACACCUUCCGGGUCAUGUGGCCAGCAUGACUAAGCCGCUUCUUGCGAACCAGAGCAGCGCACAGAAACGCCGUUUACCUUCCCGCUGGAGCGGUACCUAUUUAUCUACUUGCACUUUGACGUGCUAUCGAACUGCUAGGUUGACAGGAGCAGGGACUGAGCAACGGGAGCUCACCCCGUUGCGGGGAUUCAAACUGCCAACCUUCUUAUCAGCAAGUCCUAGGCUCUGUGGUUUAACCCACAGCGCCACCCGCGUCCUAGGACAGGCUUAGGAAGCAAUUAUUAUUAUUAUUAUUAUUAUUAUUAUUAUUAUUUGCAUCCUGCCUAUCUGACUGGGUUGCCUCAGCCCAUCUGGGUAGCUUCCAACAAAAUAAAAACCACCAAAAAUUUCCUUGUAAAAGGCUGCCUUGGAAGGCUUCCAUUUUGUAGAAAUGGCCUUCGGUUUUAAAGAAUUGCCCUCUUUAAGGAAUCACGUGGUGUAAAUAUGUAUGUUGUCCACUAGGUCCAAACGCAGACACUCACACAUGGUAGGAGCAAGCAAUGCUCUAAAGUGCUUAUCUUGCGAACAUCUAAGUUGUUUACUCCUGACCAAAGCUCCUGUUUCCCAAAAGGACAGGAGGGGGAGCAGUGGAGGAAACAGAUGGGUUUGAAGGCUCUUUCCAUCAGCCGCCUCUCUCCCCUGAGGAACAAGAGCAAAGGGUGUUUGCAGGGCAGGAGGACAGAGAUUGAGGCAGCGAGGGCAGAGGGAGCAGUGGGCGGAUCCCCGCCUCUCCCAGGGGGUCCAGAUGCAAGCAAGGGGCUUCCUUCUUCUCCAUGCAAGGGCCACCCAUGUAUUCAGAGCAGUCCUUUGCAGAUUAACUCUUAAGUUCCAAGGGAUCUACUCUCAGGCCACUAAUGUGCAUACCAUGCCAGCCUUAGGAAGGGAGGUGGGAUAGGCAGGUGAAAGGAAUUGCCAAAGGUGUUUGAAAAUGGGUGGAGGCUCUUGGGAAGGGGGUCCCCAAUUGGGGCUUCUCCAGGGGCAGCAGGAUGUCUUGGGCAGGAGAAUCCCUGCAGGGGCUCUCAGACUCCCUUGGCUUCUUCUUCCCUCCCUCCCAGGAAGCUGCAACUUGCUCUGGAUUCUGUGUUCCUCAAGAAGCUGAACCUGCAAACCUAGCUGAGACUGAACCUGCAACCCUGGCCAGGAUGGAAGGAGGAAGAUGGACGGUUGACUUGGUCAGGCUGUCUCCCGCAUCCCUCCCCACAACCUCUGAGCAUUCCCUCCCAGGACCCUUGGAGAAAUCUGGUGAGUUCCAGGGGAGAGGAGAUGGGGAGAGGGAUAGAUGGAUGGUGGAGGGAGAAAGAGGAAAAGAUGGAGAGGAGACAAAUGGAAGGAAGUUCCUGACAGGAAGAAGGAAGGGGUAAGGCCUUCUCAGAAGCAGCUCUUUUUUUCUUGAAUCCUUUUCCUAAAGUAGUGGGGAAAAAUUUUCUUCCUCCAGGCUUUGAAAUCUUAGCUGUUAUUUCCACGGUGGGAAUAAUUGAUGAUAAUGAUGUUGCACAACAAUCCUGAAAAACGGAUGAAGGGGAAUGGAUAUGCUUCCCAUAAUUAUUUAUGAUUAAUGUAUUUAAAUUGUUUCUAUUACUCUUAUUUUUUAUAGACAGGGUCAGAAUGAUACAUUCCACCAGCAUCAAAACACAAUAAAUGCAUGCACCUCCCCAGUUUGGUGGGCUUAAGGGACAAAGGACCCGUUAUCAUGAUACAGAAUUCCUGCAGCUGGAGGCUCUACACUUAGGAUUGGGCAUAUAAAGUCCAAGAGUGUCUGGUAUUAUAAGCAAAUUGUGUAAAUCUUAGAGACUGGGGUUGUUUGUGAGAGUGAGUGAGUGGGAUAAUAAUUUUUAGCGCCCCUUUGUAAUGGCUUGGUUCUCUUGCACAGACGCGAGACAACUCCAGUAGUAAUUAUCUCAGGUUUAUUGCUCAAACUCAUAAAUCACUGUGGAGCUCAGUCCUCGGCCUGUUCAUCCCAGCUUGCAGUUGCCAAGUCCUCCAGCAAAGAAGCCCCCACUUUCGCUUUCUUUUCCCCUCUCGCAGAUUCUCUCGAGCCUACGAUUUUUUGGACAGGCUAUUUCCGGGGUCUCUGUGUCAGACCUCAAACUGGAGAUAACAGUCUGUGCCCCCCCCCCGUCGGCACCCCCUCUUCUUGCUCUUUGUUCUUUGCUCCUGCUGCAGCUUGGCUGCUCCUCCCCUGCUUCACAUUCCAACUGAAUCACAUCUCUUGCGUUCUCAGGCUCUGUCAGCGGAGGCACGAGAGGCUUGAGAUUCACGGAGCUGACACCCUGUAAUUUUGUCCGUCCCUAAGCUUCCAUGGAGAUACUGUGGUACAACCUUGGUGCAAAUUUCAAAAUAAGUACACAAAGCCAACAAAGAGACUCAGAGGUUUAUAGUGGCACCAGCUUUCCUGGUCAAGAGUCCACUCUGUCAGACUGCAGCCCACAAAAGCUUAGGCCAUAAUACAUUUAUCUGCCUAUAAGGGCUGCAAAAGAUGAAUAAACAGAAGCGUAGUUCAUCUAUGGAAUCUAUCCUACAGGAGACAGUGAUGGCCAGCAACUUGGAUAGCUUGAAAAAAAGGAUAAGACUGACGUCCCUGCUCUGCCCUCGUGGUCUAGGCAAUAAUGCUUCUUGAUACUAGUUUCUGGAAAGCACAGGAAGGCAGAGAAGACUCUUGUGCUCCAAUCCUGCUUGCUGGUUUCCCACAGGCAUCUGGUUGGCCUCUGUGAGAAGAGGAUGCUGGACUAGGUGGGCCUUUGCCUGAUGCAGCAGGCUCUUCUUAGGUUCCAAUAUAUUGCAAUAUUUUUAGUUACAUGUAGCACUUAAGUUUUCUUUAUUUCACAAUGGAGACACUGUUACUAGAGCCUGAGAUCAUUUCUUCACUUCAGAAAGAAAAAAAUAGAUGUGUCUAAUAAGCCAAUUCCACCAUAGAUCUGUAUUAUAAAACGAUGGUGCUUUAUUAAGUUUGAAUCAAGUGAUCAUGUGUUGCUCCUGCCAUUAUCUCAUCUGCUUUUCAAAAAAUAUGGAACCUAGAGAGGACAGUGGAGAAUGAAGGUGUUAAAAUGAGAGAAGGUGCAGAUUGGAAUUGACAUCUGUUCAGUUCCCUUUUUGUCUUUCUUGAAAGUCUAACAGGGUUUUUUUUCCUCCCAGACUCCCAAACAGGUGAGGAAGAUGAAAGUCAGAAUUCUAUGGAGCCACCUGUCAAUUCAUUGGGAAGAACAAAGAAACUGAGGAUACAAGAACAAACUCAAAAAGGAGAGAAACUAUUUGAAUGUAUGAAGUGUGGAACGAGCUUUAGUCAUAGUCAAGCACUUAGAAUACACCAACGUACUCACACAGGGGAGAAACCAUUUGAAUGUAUUGAAUGUGAAAAGAGCUUCAGUACCACUGGGAAACUUAGAAUACACCAACAAACUCACACAGGGGGAAAACCAUUUAAAUGCAUAGAAUGUGGAAAGAGCUUCAGUGAUAGUGGAUCACUUAGAAUACACCAACGAACUCACACAGGGGAGAAACCAUUUAAAUGUAUUGAAUGUGGAAAGAGCUACAGUCAAAGUGGAGGCCUUAGAAUACACCAACGAACUCAUACAGGGGAAAAACCAUUUAAAUGUAUGGAAUGUGGAAAGAGCUUCAGUGAUAGUGGAUCACUUAGAAUACACCAACGAACUCACACAGGAGAGAAACCAUUUAAAUGUGUGGAUUGUGGAAAGAGCUUCAGUGAAAGUGGAAAACUUAGAAUACAUCAACGAACUCACACAGGGGAGAAACCAUUUGAAUGUGUGGAUUGUGGAAAGAGCUUCAGUCGAAGUGGGACACUUAGAAUACACCAACGAACUCACACAAAGGAGAAACCAUAUAAAUGUGUGGAUUGUGGAAAGAGCUACAGUCAAAGUGGAGAACUUAGAAUACACCAACGAAUUCACAGAGGGGAGAAACCAUUUAAAUGUAUGGAAUGUGGAAAGAGCUACAGUCGAAGUGGAGAACUUAGAAGACAUCAACGAACUCACACAGGGGAGAAACCAUUUAAAUGUAUGGAAUGUGGAAAGAGCUUCAGUCGAAGUGGAGCACUUAGAGUACACCAACAAACUCACACAGGGGAGAAACCAUUUAAAUGUAUAGAAUGUGGAAAGAGCUUCAGUCGAAGUGGAGAACUUAGAAUACACCAACAAACUCACACAGGGGAGAAACCAUUUAAAUGUAUUGAAUGUGGAAAGAGCUACAGUCGAAGUGGAGAACUUAGACGACAUCAACGAACUCACACAGGGGAGAAACCAUUUAAAUGUAUGGAAUGUGGAAAGAGCUUCAGUGAAGGUGGAAAACUUAGAAGACAUCAACGAACUCACACGGGAGAAACCUUUUGA